AAUUAGAAAUCUCCCUAAGAGUUUUUAACUUUGUACUUUUUGCAACUCUGAAUAUAGGCUACUAUACAUAAUUUAUGGCCCGUGUUCAUGACUUUGACAGCAAAUUUAAAGGCCAUUCUUAUUUAGUCUACAAACAAGGAUCCAGAACUCGGGACUUACACAGCAAUUCUGUUUUGGGUGAUUUAGUCCUCCCCAACACACCUCGAAAUGUAUUUUACCAGUUUAGAGGGUGGCGUACAAUAAAAAAAAUUUUGGACACCAUAUCAAAGAAGGAUAAUCUCAAUCCUGCUUUGCAUAGAACGGCAUAGAAUGGCACACCCAAUGUCGUCACUCGGGAGACGAGGGGGGGUGGGGGGCAGGUCUUCCAAGCCUCGAUUUGGCCGGACAGGGGAAACACUUUCGGGUUUUCGUAACAAAAGCAACAACGGAGCGAGGGGUUAUUCUGCUGUAAAGAAACAAGUUCAACCAAUUAACAAAUCGAUUAUUCACUUCUGAAGGCGUAUAUCAAUUAUCAGUUUCUGUCUUAACUUGAUACGCAUUAAUGAAGUUCUAGGAUUGUUUCGCAUCAUUGUAUUGGAAACUAGAAUCCGUUUGUGGUUCGACGGUAAAGCGACAGGGUCAAAAGACGGUAUUGUUUCCAUGUUUGGUUGUUUCUCCAACUUCAGCCAUUACGAGAGUUAACGAAAGAGAAGACAGAAAUAUAUUGUUGCGUUAUCCAAGGUGAAAUACAUUCCGGUGUUACUGUUCUGACUCUCGGCCUCCGUCGGGAGGGGGUCAAACUUGAUUCUCAGAGGACAGGGGACUUGAAGUGAAACAAGGGCGACGGAACAAAGCCCGUGCUGGAAAGCGACUGGAGUGACGGGUGGUGACAUCACCGAUGGCAACACACGUUGGUCGUAAUAAAAUAGGAUUGGAGGUGAACAUGAAGGAGUCCUCCAAGUGUGACGUCACAAGGGCCGAGCGUCAAGGAAAACAGGCCUCCCCGAGUUCCCCCAAGACCUCACACCACCACGUCACCAAUGGAAAGAGCCAUCGCUCCUCUGACCACUGUGCAACAGAUAGUGAUGGAGGUGAGGGUGGAGAUGCCGGGGUUAGUUUCAGCACCAACCACAACUCUGUGGUAUGUCUGCCGUUGGUCUCUGAGGGCCUGAAGCUUGUCUGGACACAGUCAGAUCAGACACGUGAGCUGGACACCAUCCAAGAGCUGGUCCAGGCUUUCAAUGUGUUCCCGUACCCGACGUCUCGGGAGGUGAGUUCCUUGGCACGACUCUGUGCCCUGCCUCUGGACAAGGUUAAGGUCUGGUUCAUGGUGCAGAGAAUAAAGUAUGGCAUUAGCUGGGCCUCAGAGGAGAUUGAGGAGACGCGCCACAAGCUGGCUGGACCGGAGUGUGCCAACGACUUUUCAAAUGAAGAUUCAAAGACGAGGAAUGGGUCUAGGGAGUUAUCUGUCGAGGCGGAGAACAAUGGUCAAAUGAAUAACGGUCAUCACUCUUCCCUGCUCCACCCAAGAAAACAAGUCCGACACGAAACCCCAGAACCCUGCAAACCAGCUGCCACUAUCCAGCAUUUCAGUUCCUCUCUCCCACCCCCAGAGGAUUCAUACUAUUACCGCCCUCCUGUGGACACGCCUGAAAUUACAGAUACUUCCUUGAGCCUCUCUGAGAACUCGCUUAGCUCUCCACAGCAACCACAACGCGGACGCUACAAAAAGACCAAAGCUCAGCUUGCAGUCCUUCGCAGUAGCUUCCUACGGGAAAACUGGCCUGCGGAGACAGAGCUUCGACGCCUGCAGGAGGAAACGGGCCUGAGUCGCAAUGACAUCCGGAAGUGGUUCAGCGAUAGCAGGUACCAGGUUAGAAAUGGACGAGGACUGCUUGGAACAUCCAUGGUCUAUCCUCAGCUUGUCAUAGGACAAACAAAGUACAGGUCUCAGCAACUUCAGCCUCUUCCACUUGUAGCUCACAGGACCCGGGAUGAAGAAAAUGGUAAUGAAGUGCAGGGAGGAGUUCAAGCUAAGGGAGCUCGCAGCAAUGGGGUAAAAGAUUCACACUUCUUCCAGAACUUCCUGUCAAACAGCCUGGAGGCAUUUGGGGAGGGAGCAGUGGGAGUGGAGGCGGAAGAGAACAAGGUUGUGAAGGAAGCCUCUGUUCACACUAAUACUAUAAAGGAAGAGGUAGUAGUGCAAUAUAAAGAAAAGCCCCUGCAAUUCAUUAAAGGCAGCAAGGAAUCAGAGAUUAAACCGCCACCAACCUCAGCUGUUACCAUCUCUGCUUCCUCCCCCCACUGUCAUUCUACAACUGUUCCACCUUUGACUGCUGUCCCCACUAAUAAGCAUAGUUUUACUAGCACCAGCACCCUGCAGAAGUCUGCUCACUCAACCAAAGCCUUAGUCACAACCACAUCUCUCUCCAGUCCUCCCACAUCUUCGUCUCCUCUUCUUACACCUGCUGGCCGACCUAGGAAGACCAAAGAGCAACUGGAUGUGCUAAAGGAGCACUUCUUGCGCUGCCAGUGGCCUAAGAGCGAAGACUACACCCAGCUGGUAGAGCUCACAGGCUUGCCCCGGGCAGAUGUCAUCCAGUGGUUUGGGGAUACGCGCUAUGCUGUUAAAAAUGGCCAGCUACGCUGGGUGCAGGGGGUCCGUGAGCAGUUCCUGGCUGAACUAGCCACACAGCAAAAUGGCAGCGGACUAACCAGUGGAAUCGGCUCGAGCGGGACCCCUCGCAUUACAGGUAGCCGCAAACGUAAGUCUCAUGUGAAUGGCGCCACAGCAGCAACUGCAGAUUACCCGGACAUCAGUCCGCUGGAAGUUUACUAUCGCUUGACAGGAGUUCUUCAUGAGAAAGACCUUGACUCCCUUUGCAAAAAGUCUCGAAUGAGCUAUCAGCAGGUGCGAGACUGGUUUGCUCAGGAGGGCAAGUUAAUUAACCCAGAGUCCAAUGUUUCUGAUUGAGAUGAGGAACUUAUGUGUGGGAAAGGUUUGGAAAUCAGAAGUAUGUCUUCCUGUUUUUUGUAUCUCUUUCACAGAGGAUAUGGCUGAUUUCUUAUGCAGAGUGAUGAAUUUCUCAUCAAUUUGACACUACAUUUUCAUAUUGAAUUACGUUACUUUAAAGUGAGCAUGGGUCUCAAAUGCUUACGUUUUCCUACUAUAAGCACAGGUCUGCUGAUUUUUCAGAAUGACUGCUGAUUUUGUUUUUGCUGCAUUUCUGUUGGUUUUCUGUAAGUUUGGACUUGAUCAUCCUUGUGCUUCCUACUGUAGAUAUGACAAUACCUAGUACACUGGUUGUAGCAACAUAUCAUUGACUGGAUUUAAAGUAUGUAUUGGUUGGAGCUUCUUAGGUACUGUAGUGUAGUUGUAUUUUUCUUUGUAACAGCACUGGGAAAGCCUAAAACAUUUUGAGUCGGAGUAAAGUCCAAUCGCUGAUUGGUAGAUAUCAUUCUUUUACACCCUACAUUUCCUUUUCCUGAGAAGCAAACUGGACAUUCUCAAUCUACCUUCCUAAAAAGACGUGUUGCACUUUAAUUUUUGAGCCCUAACAUUUUAGCUGCCAUAAUGUUCAAUGAAUACAUUCCUUUUUAUAAAAGUUUGAGUUUCCUAUUAAAAUUGUUGUUCAGUUUG